UUAGCACAAAGGUGGUCAAACGUAGUGAAUUCAGAGUUUGGUCGGGUAAAGAAAUCGGUUAGCUACCUUGAAUGUAGUUUAGCUAGUUACCUAUGCUUAGACAGCGUGGUGGUUGGUUUGGCCGCGUUUGAACUGAAUGCUGGACUUGCCUCGUGUUUAACCUGAAGGAUAUUCAGAAACAGCGAAACGUUAACGGAUAUCAGAUGGGGCCUUCCCUGAAACUUUCAAAUGGAUAUAUUUUACCUGAGGGUAAAAUGACGCCAAAUACACUUUUUGUCGGAGGAAUCGACACAAAGGUGGACGAGAACGAAAUAAAGGAUUUCUUUGCCAGAUAUGGCCCCAUAAAGGAAGUGAAAAUAAUAACAUACCGCGGGGGCAUUUGCAAAGGAUAUGGCUUUGUGUACUUCAAUGACGAAGUCGAUAUACAGACCAUCAUUGAAGUAAGUCACAUACAGCAACAGAUCAGUUUUAAAGGACGAAAACUCAAGCUGGGACCAGCCAUCAUGAAGGAGAGAAGCUCACGUGCUGUGCCGUCUCACCUUGUUGGCAGUGCCCCGUGGAUGAACCCCCCUCAGUACAUCUACUGUAGCUGUUGCCCCCCUACUCUCAAUGCCCCUCCCAACACUCCUGUUCUCAAUACAGCCGGCCAGUACUUACAGCCUUACCCAUACUCCAGUCUGCCCGGAGUCAUGAUCCCUCAGAUGCCCAUGGGCUACGCACAGACUGCCUGUGCCUACCAGUAUGCCUCUCCGCACUGGUCGGGGGAACAGAGGACGCGACUCAUCAACCAGAACUAUGUGGACUGCGGUGUGCAGACCUUACUGACGUUGCUGUAGUUUGAGCCCCUGUAGUACUAUCAACCUGUGCAGGGGUUCUUGUCAUGGCAGUGCUCGUAAGAGGAAUGAGGAGAGAAGGUGUCUUCCCCCACUGAUAUUUGCAGGACUCCAGGUUCUACAACUCUCCUGCCCCAAGACAGGCGUUCUGCAACUCUUCUGCCCCAAGAUGGGCCUAUAGUGCGUCUACUUCCUCAGCCCCAGAGUGGUGUGUGUGUGUGUGUGUGUGUGUGUGUGUGUGUGUGUGUGCGCGCGCGCGCGCGUGUGAGUGAGUGCGAGGAUGGGGGUGCAUAUAUUUUUGCAUAUUUAUAUUUUAUGUACAUAAUUACCUUUGGUGUUUUACUGGAGUGUGUUUGGAAGCGUGGCCCUCUCUUGGUUGCCUUGGGUUUGGCACGUGUAGAAACUUCAGUAUGUUCCUGUGAAAUAGUUCAUCUUCAGCUCAGACUGGUUGGCAUUAAUUAGCAUUAAUUAAACAACCAUUUAACAGUAGCCAGCAUUUUGGGCACCCUUUUAAUUUUCUUUUUGAAUACUCAACGUUUAUUUAAUCUUAUGUUUAGUCACAUUAAAUAUGGUGCUUUAGUAAGAGAGGUGAAUCACUUGACGAAAUCAGUUCAUAUUGUCUUGUCUGCCACACACACGUGAACCCUCCCGCCUAUCUGGGGCUUAAUGUCUGUCGGGCGUCCACAGAGGGUGACUCGAUCGUUAGACACUCUGCAGUUGUUUGGUGGCGUGUGGUUGCUGUUGGAGUUGAGAAGCUGGAACAAUCACUGCAUUAAUUUCUGAGCUGUUUGGUCGUUUGAAACGACCUGCUCCACUUGAGGCUUCGGAGGGAGGGAGGGA